GGCACUGUGCCCCCGCGCAAGUAUAAAAGUUCCAUCCCCGAAACGUGAAGGUCUCAGUUGGUUCCUUCUGCCGAGAAACUUUCACAGCUGAAAAUGAAGUCCGUUGUUGCUCUGUGCGCCAUCUUUCUGGCCGCUUUUCUGGUUGCGGGCGUGAGUUCCGAUGCGGGUCGUUCGGCCUGCAAGGAUGAGUCCGAGAUUGGCCAGACCUACACGCACCACUUCGAUGCCGCCAAGUACUGGCUGUGCGAAACCCUGGGCACUCCCGCCAAGGAGGUCGACUGCCCCGCGGGACUGGCCUACAUGCACCUGCUGAAGGAGUGCAUCCCCUGGGCCAGCUACAUCUGGAAGAAGCCCGAGAUGCCACCAACUGUGGCCUAAAAAUAAAUGACCAAACGUUGACAACUGCAACCUGAUUUGUUU